UGGGCAAAGCAGACGUAGUACAGACACAGCCCGCUCCCUCCUGCAGUCUGUGUUGAUGCUUGUGACACAGUAGGUUUAUUUAUCUGCGAUCGCCAACCCUAUUUAAAUAUAUCUAAAGCAGAAAAUGGAAGGACACAUUUGCAACAUCCAAGUUCUUCUUCGGGCUGCGGAGUUUUUGGAGAGGAGAGAGCGAGAGGCUGAACAUGGAUAUGCUUUGGUCCUUCCUAUCAGCUCUCCUCACUCCGACAAGACGGGCAAGCAGAAGAGCAAGAAAAUAUCAGUCGGUGGCAAUAGUAACAGGUCUGUUCACAACGAACUGGAGAAGAACAGACGCGCUCAGCUGAGACACUGCUUGGAGCAGCUGAAAAAGCAAGUCCCCUUGUCGUCCGACUCGUCGAGGAACACCACCCUCAGCCUGCUGAGACAAGCCCAGCUUCACAUCAAGAAGCUGCAGGAGCAGGACGAGCGUGCAGAGCAGCUAAAGGGCCGUCUCCUCUGGGAGCAGAGGGAGCUCCGGAUUCGGCUGGAGCAGCUGGAGAGAGGCACGGAGAGGAUGAGGAACAACAGCCACGGCUCCACCAUGUCCUCAGAGAGGUCGGACUCGGACACAGAGGACGUAGAGGUCGACGUGGAAAGCAUCGUGUUUGAAUGCGACUCUGAUGAACUGAGCAUUACACACACGGGUGCAGACCACUGUUACUCCAGCAUGGACAAAGCCUGGCUAUGACAGUGAGGAACUUAGGUUUUCUUUUGUCGCCCGUUCCAUCCACCAAGCAGACAAAACCAGGAAAAACAUUCAGAAGCUGAAGGACCGUGCAGAAACAUAUUGCUGCUCCACACUUUUUGAAGCAGGACUCGUCAAAACCGACAAAGCUAAGAUGUACAUCACAUUUUGCAUACUUCCUUUGUGCUCAUAAGCCAUACGGUUGUCGUUUUCUUUAUCUUCCAGCAUUUAAGCAUUCAGUCUUCUUCAAAAGGGCUUCCUAUAAUCAAACCUGAACAAUCCUUACGUCUACAGUAAAUUCAUCCUGCCUUAAGUCAGAUUUGGUUUUGUAUUGGUUGAGCUUUUUUCUUAGCACUGUUUUGGUUUCAGGUUUAGCGUGCACUUCCACAUUUUUUCUGUGCUGUGUUUUGGCAGUCAUCAGAUGUUUUUCUUCCUUUUUCUGUUGCACAUAAUGUCCAUCUAUUGCACUUGUUUCAAGAUUUCCAAAGGAAAACUGCAAACUUAACACAUUAUUACAUUUUGCACAUCAAUAUUUGGUGAUUAAGUACCGCUGCCAAAAAGCUAUUUGACAUAUUUGUGCACAAUUCAGUCUUUAGUUACUAUGAAGAAUCUGAUCUUCCUUUUAGUUUAGGCAUUAAGUUACUUUAGAGAGGUUUGUAUUUUUAGCAUGUUGUGAAUUAUGCAUACAACCAAUGUUUUCUGUACGGCAGACCAUAUCUACUUGUAAUUAUGCAAUAGAAGCUUUAUGACAGGCGAUCAUGGUGUAUUUAAUGACCCCAGGUGCUCUCCCAACCUCUUUCACUUUUUAUAUGCAAGCUGCCUUACUUUUUUUUUUCUCGUUUCCGCCCAGUAAAACUAUGUAGCAUUUCUUUUUUUAACUGAUGUAAGCAUUUUUUAAACAAAUAAAUAUUUUAUA